AUGUCGUCGACUGUUCAACAACGUUCCAGCCCUGUCUCUCGCUAUGUCGGUGGCGCUGCUCUGGCAGGUAUCACCCUUCUUGCCGCAUACUAUCACGACCGCGCUAUCUUUGAUGAGAACCGUGAAGGCAUCACAACUCAAGCCGGCUGGCCUCUUGUCGGCAAUCUUCCCAUUCUCUUGCGAUACAAGGACCAGAUCCACGAUUUUCUAUUCGAGUCUUUCCAAUUACUCGAGGAACAGACCUUUCGUCGCAACUUUGAAAACUACAUCAAGGGUCCCGAGUUCCACGGUGCCAUGAACGAUCUCUUUGGUAACGGCAUCUUUAAUGCAAACGGUGCCGACUGGAAAUACCAGCGCAAGACAGCCAGCCACAUCUUCAACAUCAAGAACUUCCAAAACCAAUUCACCGAUGUUUUCCUCGAGGAGAUCGAGUACAUGUCCGAAAAGAUCUGGAACCCGGCCGUCGAAAAGAACGAGGUUGUCGAUUUCCACGAUAUCAUGUUCAAGUUCACCUUGGACUCCUUCAUCUUGCUUGGUUUUGGUGUCCAACUCAACGCGCUCGGUUCCAAAGAAAAAGUGCCAUUCGCUGCAGCAUUUGACGAGGCACAAAAGAACACGUUCCAACGCUUCGUCAACCCCAUCUGGCCUGUCACUGAAAAGAUCCAGAAGCUUUUGAUGCCAUGGAAGCCCAGCAUGAACGAACAUCUCAACGUAGUCGAUACUUUUGCACGUGAAGUUACUGAAAAGCGCCGCGAAGAAAUUGCCCGAGGCGAAGAAAAGAAAGAUUUGUUGUCACGUUUCAUGCAUGCACGCAAUGCUCAGGGCGAGCUCCUUAGCAACACCGAGUUGCGCGAUAUUGUAUUGAACUUUGUCAUUGCCGGUCGUGACACGACCGCCCAAGCAUUGAGCUGGACAUUCUAUUUACUCAUGAACCAUCCUCGCGUCGAAGAGAAGCUCUGUCAGGAAAUCAACGAGCAUAUGACUGACCAAGUCAUGAACGAUGCACCUGCUCUUUACGACGUUAUCAAAAACAUGAAAUACGCCCAUGCUGUCUUCUACGAAACACUCCGUCUGUACCCCUCCGUACCACUCAACCAAAAGUAUGCCCUGAACGAUGACAUCUGGCCCGACGGUACCCAUAUCCGCAAGGGCGACUACAUUCUGUGGAGUCCCUACAGUCAAGGACGCAUCGAACAAAACUGGGGUCCUACUGCUGGACAGUUCCGACCUGAACGUUGGCUUACACCCGACGGCGACCUUCGCCGUGAAUCUCAAGGCCAAUGGCCCGCGUUUCACGCCGGUCCGCGUGUGUGCUUGGGCCAGCACUUGGCAACCUUGGAAGCAAUCGUUGCAAUUACUUUCUUGCUCAAACGUUACAAGUUCAAGAUGGUUCCGGGACAGACUAUUGGCUAUCAGGUUUCUUUAACAUUACCUAUGAAGGAUGGUAUGAUGGUCACUGUUGAAAAGCGUUCCUAA